CAAACAACUGGUCUCUGAAAAAUUCAGUUGACAGCAGACUGACCAAAGAGAAACUGGAAACCAUGCUGCUGAAGCUACUGAUCGCUGUGCUUUGCUUCGGCUUCGCCGUUUACGCAAAUACAAAUGUUACUGCCCCAAGGGUCAAAACACCUUUGGGAGGAUUGAAAGGCUACUACAAGGUCUCACAAAAUGGUAGAAAAUACGAGGCAUACGAAGGGAUCCCUUAUGCAUUGCCACCUAUUGGGAAACUACGAUUUAAGCCUCCUCGGCCAAUACCGGCAUGGACUGGUGAAUUAUCGGCUACAAAAUUCGGUUCCGAGUGUAUUCAAUACGAUCAUAUCCCAGAACAUCAACCUUCGGAGAAGGUUGUGGGUGCCGAAGAUUGUUUAUAUUUAAACGUUUACGUGCCAGUACGGGAAAAAGAAGGAAGUAAAAUCCCAUUGCCAGUAUUAUUUUGGAUCCAUGGCGGAGCGUUCCAAUUUGGUAGCGGCAUGUUAUAUAGCGCCAAAUAUCUAAUGGACUCCAAUGUUAUACUUAUCACUAUUAACUAUCGGUUGGGACCAAUGGGUUUCCUGAGCACGGAAGAUGAAGUAGUUCCUGGCAACAUGGGUUUGAAGGAUCAAAGUAUGGCACUUCGUUGGGUCUCACAGAACAUCGAAUGGUUCGGUGGCGACUCGAACAAAGUAACUUUGGUUGGAUUGAGUGCUGGUGGUGCAAGCGUGCAUUAUCAUUACUUAUCACAAAUGAGCGCUGGACUCUUCCAAGGUGGUAUAUCGUUCAGCGGUACAGCGCUUGAUUGUUGGACGCAAGCUGAGAAUUCUAAAGAGAAGGCCAAGAAAUUGGGCGCUUUAAUGGGAUGUCCUACAACUAGCUCCAGAGAUAUGAUACGUUGCUUGAGAUAUCGUCCAGCUCGUGCGAUGGUUCAGGCUACGAGUGAAUUUAUGCCAUUCUUGUACAAUCCCUUUACUCCUUAUGGUCCGGUAGCUGAGAAAUUUGGUGACGAAACACCCUUUAUCGAUAGAACACCCGUUGAAAUCAUUAAUAGUGGAGAUGUCCAGGAUAUACCUUGGGUGACGGGAGUAACAAGCGAAGAAGGUCUCUAUCCCGUAGCUGAGUUUAUCUCUGAUGAUCAAAAACUGAAACAGUUGAACGAUAAUUGGGAUAUUCUUGGACCGAAUUUUCUUGAUUUUAACUACACCAUUCCCAAAGAGAAACAUGUCGAGGUUGCUCAUCUCAUUAAAAAACAUUAUUUUGGUACAAAAUCGAUAGACCCACAAAGUGUGAAAGAACUGAUACAAAUGGCGAGUGAUCGCUUCUUCGUAGUCGAUGGCGAAAAGGCUGCGCGAAUGCAAGCCAAAGUAAAUCAGAAUCCAGUCUGGUUCCAUUAUUUUAGUUACAGAGGAGAACAAAGUUUGAGCGAUUCUUUCAGCGGUACCACUAUAAAUUAUGGAGUCUCACACGCCGAUGAUACAUUCUACGUAUUAGAUACUAAAUGGAUUAAUCCAACAACAACACAAAAGGACCGUGAUAUGCAGAAACACUUAAUCGACUUUUGGGUAUUGUUCGCUUCAGAGGGAAUUCCGAAAGUAGCCAAUGUGGAAUGGCUAAAAUUAGAUCCUUCAAAACCAGAACUUCAUUAUUUGCAUAUAGCAGAUCCUAAUAAAAUUAACAUGGACAGCAGUGUUAAUCUUGGAGAAAAAGAAUUCUGGAAUUCGAUUGAUUUCAAUGAAAAUGUAUUAAACCACACAGCUGAAAUCAAUAAAGAUGAUAAACAAGGUGCAACAGGCUAUAUGAGAAAUAUUAUGUUGCUGCAGUUACUACUGAUCGUUCUACUUACCUUCGACUUCACCAUUCACGCGAAUAUAGAUGAGACUGCUCCAAAAGUUAGAACAUCUUUGGGAGGACUGAAAGGCUACUACAAGACCUCGCAAAAUGGCAGAAAAUACGAAGCCUAUGAAGGGGUUCCUUAUGCUUUGCCACCUGUUGGGAAAUUACGAUUUAAAUCCCCUCGGCCAAUACCAGCAUGGAUUGGUGAACUAUCAGCUACAAAAUUAAGUGCCGUAUGUAUUCAAUAUGAUCAAGUGCCAGAACAUCCUCCAGAGAAGGUUGUAGGUGCCGAAGAUUGUUUGUAUUUAAAUGUUUACGUGCCAGUACGAGAAAAAGGGGAAAAUAAAAUCCCAAUGCCGAUAAUAUUUUGGAUCCAUGGCGGUGCAUUCCAAUGUGGUAGCGGCAUAUUGUAUGGACCCAAAUAUCUAAUGGAUCACGAUGUUAUACUUGUCACAAUUAACUAUCGAUUGGGACCUAUGGGUUUCCUGAGCACGGAAGAUGAAGUAGUUCCUGGCAACAUGGGUUUGAAGGAUCAAAGUAUGGCACUUCGUUGGGUAUCUCAGAACAUCGAAUGGUUUGGUGGCGACCCUAAAAAAGUGACAUUGGUCGGUUUGAGUGCAGGUGGUGCAAGCGUACAUUAUCAUUACUUAUCGCAAAUGAGCGCUGGACUAUUCCGAAAUGGCAUAUCGUUCAGUGGUACAGCAUUUGAUUGUUGGACGCAAGCUGAGAAUUCUUUAGAGAAGGCCAAGAAAUUGAGCGCUUUAAUGGGAUGUCCUACAACUACCUCCAGAAGCAUGAUACGUUGCUUGAGAUAUCGUCCAGCUCGUGCAAUCGUACAAACUACAAGUGAAUUUAUGCCAUUCUUUUUUAAUCCCUUCACUCCUUUCGGGCCGGUAGCUGAGAAAUUUGGCGAUGAAACACCUUUCAUCGAUAGAACGCCCAUUGAGAUUAUCAAUAGCGGAGACAUCCAGGAUAUACCUUGGGUUACAGGAGUAACGAGUGAAGAAGGCCUUUAUCCUGUGGCUGAGUUUAUUGCUGAUGAUCAAAAUCUGAAACAGUUGAAUGAUAAUUGGGAUAUUCUUGGACCAGACUACCUUGAUUUUAAUUAUACUAUCCCGAGGGAGAAACAUAUCGAGAUUGCUCGGCUUGUUAAGAAACAUUACUUUGGUACAAAACCAAUCAAUCGACAAAGUACGAAAGAACUGAUACAAAUGUCGAGUGAUCGCUUCUUCGUCGUAGAUAGCGAGAAAGCUGCGCGAAUGCAGGCCAAAGUAAAUAAAAAUCCAGUUUGGUAUCAUUACUUUACUUACAGAGGUGCGCAAAGCUUAAGCGAUGCUUACAGCGGUACCACCGUGAAUUAUGGCGUCUCACAUGGCGACGACGUAGUCUAUGUGUUAAAUACUUCCUGGGUAGAUCCACUUACAACACAAAAAGAUCGCGAUAUACAAAAGCAUUUAAUCGACUUUUGGGUAUUGUUUGCCACAGAAGGAAUUCCGAAGGUAGCUAAUGUGGAAUGGCUCAGAUUAGAUCCUUCAAAAAAGGAACUUCAUUAUUUGCACAUAGCUGGUCCUGAUAAGAUUAACAUGGACAGCAAUGUUAACUUUGGAGAAAAAGAAUUCUGGAAUUCGAUUAAUUUCAAAGAGAAUAUAUUGAAGCACUCAGCUGGAAUCAAUAAAGAUGAGCUUUGAAUAACAAUGAAAUAAAAAAC